CCGAUCCGGCUCAGCGGGAGGAACGCGAUGAUCAGCGCCAGCGCCGAAGCAAAAUGCUGGAUGGACACCCCCGGCAGCGACGGCUCUUCUUCUCCUCCUCUUGCUGCGCGAUCCUAGUUCUGCUCUCCUGCGCCCCGGAUCUUUCCACCGCCUACUUCGGGUUGACGGGCAACGAGCCUCUGACCAUCCUCCCUCUCACCAUGGAAAUGGAGGAAGCGGCCAUCAAAGCCCACUACAAGGUCUGCGACCGUCUGAAGCUGGAAAAGAAACAGCGCCGAAUGUGUCGGAGAGACCCCGGCGUGGCCGAGACCCUCAUGGAAGCCAUCAGCAUGAGUGCGCUGGAAUGCCAAUACCAGUUCCGCUUUGAGAGGUGGAAUUGCAGCCUGGAAGGACGUUACAGGGCCAGCCUGCUGAAGAGAGGGUUUAAGGAAACAGCCUUCCUUUACGCCAUCUCUUCGGCGGGGCUGACCCACGCCAUGGCCAAAGCCUGCAGCGCCGGACGUAUGGAGCGCUGCACUUGUGACGAGGCCCCCGAUCUGGAGAACCGCGAAGCGUGGCAGUGGGGCGGAUGUGGGGACAAUCUCAAAUACAGCAACAAGUUUGUUAAAGAGUUCCUUGGGAAGAAGUCCAACAAGGAUCUGAGAGCUCGGGUGGAUUUCCACAACAAUUUGGUGGGGAUGAAGGUCAUCAAAGCUGGAGUGGAGACCACUUGUAAAUGCCACGGGGUGUCCGGCUCCUGCACUGUCCGGACGUGUUGGCGCCAGCUCUCCCCGUUCCACGAGAUCGGCAAGCAGCUGAAGCAGAAAUACGAGACGGCCCUCAAAGUGGUGAGCACCACCAACGAGGCCACCGGAGAAGGGGACAUCUCCCCGCCCAAGAAGUCCAUCCUGGGACACGGCGACCAGAUCCCCAGGACUACAGAUUUGGUAUAUCUCGACGAUUCCCCGAGCUUUUGCUUAAACAGCCGGUUCUCCUUUGGGACGUCCGGCCGGAAAUGUUACAAAGACAAGAACUGCGACAGCAUCUGCUGCGGGCGGGGACACAAUAUCCAAAGCCGGGUGGUCACUCGCUCGUGCCAAUGCCAGGUCCGCUGGUGCUGUUACGUGGAGUGCAAGCAGUGUACGCAGAGAGAGGAGGUUUACACGUGCAAGGACUGAAGGAGUUGUGUCCGACGAGCCCCCACCUUCGGGGACGGAACCCCCACCCCUUGCCCCUUUCUUCAAGACAAAAACAAACAAACAAACCCCGGAGGACGUCCGGUAAGAUGUUUGAGCGCAACCCUGACGCGAUGGAAGCACUUUGAGGGGGUUCCGUGCUUUGCUUGGCCAUGCCUCUUUCUCAGCAAAGAGAUUUCGGACGCCAGCCAGCACCGAUGGAAGACCCCUUGUGAUGUCCAACAUGAUGGCUUGGAAACCAAAGAAGGACUCUUCUUGACCAGGAUGUGGAGGCUAGAAUUGUUCACCCUUCACGUUUGUGCUCCCUUCCUGAGAAUUCUCUUGGACCUGGAUGGUUCCAUUUCAUUUUGCAAGAGAACUCUUAUCUCUUGAAGACCUUCAACUGCAGAAGGUGUUCUAGGGUGAAGAGGACCCUAGAAGGAUUUUUUUUUUAUUAUUAUUAAAAAAAAGUAAUUUAUGGAGCUUCUGGGCUCCAGAAAGCCCAAAUCAUAAGCCACAUCCCAUUAGCUGGAGAGGUCACUAUACGAGGACGUAUCCUCAACGUUCCUUCUAACAGCUUGUUGUAGCAGAUGGUGAAAAUGUUGGGUUCCCCCACACACCCCCUUAUUUCCCACUUGUGUGCCCUCCACCUCUCUUCCUUUGCUCUCCUUUGCAAUCCACUUGGUGAAUUUGGAAAACCACUAGCGGAGCCUGUGCAAUCUUCUCAACCAGCAUUCUGACUCCUUCGGUGAUUUAAUUAGGACUUGCUUUUUUGUAUUUUUGUUCUGCUCUGGUUUCUCUUCUUAUGAUUUCAGUUGGCACCCGAGGCCGCUUCGAGACCAGCGUGACGUCCUGGCUGGGAAUGCCAUUUGGCCCUCGGCCUUGGGAAAACGGAGAAAACGAAUCGCCUUCGAGACGUCUGGAUCACGGCGUCCAAGAAUGCGUGUCUCCUGAGGAUCGCAUUUCACCCGCCUUUCUCCAUGCCGAUGAUAUUCUCCGGGGCCAAUUAAAAGCCUGUUUCUUAAAAAAAAAAAGACCACUUAAACCACUAGAAAGCUGCAUGCAUUAGAUGUAAGACAGCGAGCAGCCGAUUCUUGUUCCUGUAGAUUAGAAGGGGAAAAGAUAUAUAUGGAGAAAUAUCAAAAUAGCAGACUGGAUCACUAAUACAGAUAGUUCUCAACUUACAACUGUUUAGUGCAAGAGUUUCCAACUUCGGCAACUUUAAGACUUGUGGACUUCAACUCCCAGAAUUCCACAGCCAGCUUUGCUGGUUUAGUGCCAUUAAAAGUUUACAACAGCGCUGAAAAAAGUGACUUAGGACCAUUUUUCACACUUACGACCGUUGCAGCAUCCCCAGGGUCACGUGAUCAAAAUUUGGGUGCUUGGCAACUGAUUCAUAUUUAUGACGGUUGCACUGUCCUGGGGUCACCCUUUUGUGACUUUUCGCCUAGCAAAGUCAAUGGGGGAAGCACAGUUCACUUAACAACCGUGUUUCCAACUUAACAACUGCAGCGGUUCACUUAACAACGGUGACAAGAAAUGUCCUAAAACUGCCUUAACAACUGUCUCUCUUAACCGCAUGAAUUUUGGGCUCAAUUGUAGUCGUAAGUUGAGGAUUACCUGUUCAGAUGUGAUGGUCAACAGAGCAUUCUUCUAUCAUGUGAACUGGGGAAUAUUAACAAAUAUGCAAUUCUUUAUUUAUUUAUUUUUGCUUCAAGAUGGGAUUUGGAUGAAGAGCUGAUAAAUUCCUGGAUGAAUUGUCCACGUGUGAUGGACAGUGAUUUUAAAACUGAUCCAAGAGUUGCAUUUCUUUUUUUGUCUUGGGGAAUUGCAAUUUGAUUCGUUGGAGGAGCAGAGCAGAAAUCUUAAGAACAUAGAAUCACAGAGUUACUUGGAAGGGACCUUGGAGGUCAUCUACUCCAACUCCCUCCAACAUUUCUUGCACGUUCUCAUCUGGGAAAUCAUCCCCGCUCUCAGGCCCAAUUUUAAGGGUGUUUUGAACAAAAUAAUAAUAAUAAUAAUGAUAAAAAACGGUAGCCGCUUCUAUCAAAGCUGUCCUUCUUGGGAAAUGGAUGAAUUUGGAGGAGAUGGUAACCCAGGGAGGUAAUGAACGAGAUGGUGGCUUGCUUCCAAAAUUGGUAUGACGGUCCUGAGACGGCUUGGGCCGUUUUAUGGAUUAGAGGAGUGACUGAAACAUGGAAGAUCGCUCCUAGCUUUGGGACAUGGCUUGUAACUGGUAUGAAAUAUCUAUGAACUGGCCUCGGGUCUGGUGAUUUGAUAGACCUUUCCUGAAGCUACAUGCCCAAGAAUUUCCUUGCCCAAUGGACCACCUCUGUAGCUCCGUGCAACGGAUCGCAAAACCAAAUGAAGACUUAAAAGACUCUUUUAUUAUUUCAAGGGUGGAAUAUGAAUCUGAGAUACAUAUUCCGAUGCCUAGAUAUCUAAAUAUUGAACGUUUAUUUAUUAAGCUUUGCAGAAGUUUGUAUGGUUUCCAUGUGGUAUUAUGAAACUGGGCCUCUCGUUUGAGCGUGUGAGCACUCGGUCCUUUCUUUCUUUCUUUCUUUCUUUCUUUUUUUGCACGCUGGUAUUUGAACCCGGAUUCCCGAAGGGGCUCUUUAAUUUUUUCCAACACUGUAAGGCCUGACCUUUGAGCAAGAUGCAGCCUCAUUUUUCUUCCUUUCCUUCCCCCUCUCCCCCCCCUUUUUUCCCCUCUUUUUGAUCAAUGUUAUUUGGAAAGCGAAGGUUUCUGAGCCUUGGUAGAGUCUUGCCUGGAUGUCUGGUUUUCAUUUAGCUAAGCCCAGCGGUGGGUCCUGUUUCUCAGAAGCAGCGUUUGACGUUCCUGGGUUGCCGUUGGAACAGCUCACGUUGAGGGGUUUUGGGGAGAAAUGGGGAAGGGGGAAACCGUAGAUGUGGGAUUGGUGGAGACCUUGCUGUUCUCUGAACUCUUACGAUUCUCUUGCAGAUGCUUCAUUACCUAAUUAUGGUUAGCACCGAUGAUGUAACCUAGUAGUUGCGUCAUGAAAUGUUUGCAAGAAAACCAAAAGCUCAGACAACAAGGACCUCACAGUCUUCCCCCCUCCUCCUCCUGCUCCUGCUCCUCCUUCUCCAAACACCUCUUCCCUUUGACACUGAUGAUGUUCCUUAGUUGGGUCAUGAGAUGUCUGCAAGAAAACCUCCAAGCUUAGAGAACACCAAGGACCCUGCUGUCUUCCUCUUCUUCCUCCUCCUCCUCCUUCCUAUCCUAAUCUUCUUCCUCUUCACGAACACCACUCCCUUCUAGCACUGAUGACAUUCUCUAGUUGGGUCAUGAAAGGUCUGCAAGAAAACCACCAAGCUCAGGGAGCACUAACGAUCCCACAGUCCUCCUCCUCCUCCUCUCCCUUGUAGCACUGAUGACGUUCCCUAGUUGGGUCAUGAAACAUCUGCAAGAAAGCAACCAAGCUCAGAGGAACCCACAGCCACCAUCUUCUUCUUCUUCCUCCUCCUCCUCCUCCUCCUCCUCCUCCUCCUCUCCCUUGUAGCACUGAUGACGUUCCCUAGUUGGGUCAUGAAACAUCUGCAAGAAAAGCAUCACACUUCGAGAACACGAAAGACCUCCCAGUUCAAUCCUGAGCAACAAAUAUUCUUUCUGUUGAUAAAUAGAUUUUGUUUUGGGCCAUAGCCUUAAUCUCUGGAGAGGAAAGGUGGAGAAGAAGUCCCAAAUUCCUUUUUUCCCCUUAGUGGGAGUAUUCUGGGGCCCUUGGCCAACCAGAAAUAUCCAAAAAUGGGAAAAUCCUUCUGUACGCCAGACCAUUCUGUCAGUUAUUUAAAAUUAUUUAAAAUUAUGGAACAGUGGUGACUUCAUAAGCCACUUGCCCACAGCUGCUUCUCGACAUUUGGGAAAUUUUUGAUACAUUUUGAUCUGCUUGAUAAGGUGGAGAGUAAUUAUUUCUCUUGGUCACUAUCUUAGAUACCUGGACUAAAGAUAGGUUAAGGAAGAACUUGCAAUCUUGCAGGAUCUUCCAUGCUCAUGGGGUUUUAGCCAUCUCAGUCUGGAGAUCAAAUUGCUUGAUUUUUGACGGCUGUGUCUGAAAUACAGGUAGUUCUCAGCUUACAUUCGUUUAGUGACCGUUCAAAGUUACGACGGCACUGAAAUACGUGAUUUAUGACCAUUUUUCACGGUUAUGACCUUUGCAGCAUGCCCACCAUGAUCAUGUGCUUAAAACACAUGAUGCUUGGCAAUUGACUCAUCCUUAUGACCGCUGCUGUGUCCCAAGGUCACGUGAUCAACUUUUGUAAUCUUCUAACAAACUUUCUGUAACUUUCUUUCCCUGAAACCGCAUUUCUCAAUCUUGACAACUUUCAAGACUUCAACUCCCAGAAUUCCUCAGCCGGCAUGGCUGGACUUCAACUCCCAGAAUUCUGCAAUUAGCAUGAGGGCUGGGGAAUUCUGGGAGUCGAAGUCCACACAUUUUAAAAUGGCUAAUCCUGAAGCUGUUGUACCCUAAAACGAAUGGGUCAAACAAUUCAUUUUUAAAUCGAUUUUUAUUUCCCAGGCUUGGGGAGAAAAAACACACCAACUGGUGAAAUUCACACAACUUGCUAAACCUAGAUCACUGAACAUAGCUAUUUCUGGUGUGAACUGUAACCAAAUUGACCAGACAGGCUGGAUAAGCCAGCAUGAAAUUAACCACCAUGUAAAUAUGUUCAGGUACUAGGUCUUUAACCAACCUAGUUGAGCAUGUUGUGUGAACCAGACUUUUUUAAAAAGUCAACUCUGGAUUGCCAAAAUAAAGCUUACGCUAAUCAGUAUGUAUAAGAUUACAGGUAGUUUUCAACUUACAGCGGUUCACUUAGUGACUGUUCGAAGUUAUAAUGGCACUGAAAAAAGUGACUUAUGACCGUUUUCCACACUUAUAACUGUUGUAGCAUCUCUAUGAUCAUGAGAUCAAAUUUCAGAACCCUUGGCAACUGACUCAUAUUUAUGAUGGUCACAGUGUCCCGGGAUCAUGUGAUUUGGGGCAUAUAUAUAUAUAUUUUUUCUGAGGUUUUCGCGGGAGUUUGUAUGUAGGUCUUUGGUUAUUCGGGUUUUCUCCCGCAUAAAAUUGGAAGUGUCUUGGCGACGU